CACAUGAUGCUGCCCUUAAAAAUAUCUUCCCAUAUUCCAUGCAUUUUGCUUCUCAUUUGUUUGCUUUCUUCUUCUAUUUCGUAUUCCUCCCAAUUUGUUCUCUUUCUCUUCCUUCACUGCUACACUAUGCAUCACAAUCACCAACCUUCUCUUCCUUGUCUCUAUUGCCACCCUCAAAGAUAUAUUACGAUGGUUCAGAAUCUCAUAGAGAGAUGCUUGAUCCUUCACAUGAGCCAAGACCAAUGCGUUAAAGCAUUAGCAGAGCAUGCAAGGAUUGCCCCACUUGUUACACUUACGGUGUGGAAAGAGCUACAAAAGGAGAAUAAGGAUUUCUUUAGAGUAUAUUUCCAAGUUAUCUCACCAAGGCCUUUUUUUCCAAGCAGAUCUUUUCACAGGGGGCCGAGAUUAGCGAGGAGGAAACAGUGGAAAUAGAGGAUUAGUUAGUAAUUAAUUAAUAAUCAUGUCUGGGAAAAGCUAGUGAGGAUGAAGAACUCUAUUAAUAACUCCUGCAAGUUAAAGUGUAUCAUGGAUUUGGAGAUAGUGAAGUUUUAGCUCCUCUUAUAUAUAUUUAUUACCAGAUAGAGUCAAUGAUGAUUAAUACUACAUCUGUUAUAAUUAGAAAAGUGAUUUUGUUAAUCUUCUGCA